CUGCCGCUGCUGUUGGUGGUGGUGCUGUGUCCUGCUGCCAUUUCGGAUGAUCACACGGAAAUAUCAGCAGCUCCCAUCACUAGCUUCACUAGCUGCACUGGCUGCUCUGCGCGCUCAGCAGCUCCAUUCUGCACCUUUGAAACCGUCAACUGGACGGGUUCAUGUGUUGCGUCUUUUGGAGGUUAUUCCUGUAAGAAGCUGCAUCAUAGCUACCGAAAGCCUCAGGGGUCAUUUUCAGAAGACACAGUCAUCAACAUGGAGCUUGUUUUUUACUGCUGCUGAGCUCAGAACCAAGACUAAACUCACAUGAGUCAUGGAGACAAUAUGGCUUUACCAGUUCCGUCUGAUCGUCAUCGGAGACUCCACAGUGGGCAAGUCAUGUCUGAUCCGGAGGUUCACAGAGGGCCGCUUGCCCAAGGUGUCAGACCCCACUGUGGGCGUAGACUUCUUCUCUCGCCUGGUGGAGAUCGAGCCAGGAAAAAGGAUCAAACUUCAGAUCUGGGACACUGCAGGACAAGAGAGGUUCAGGUCCAUUACCAGAGCCUACUACCGUAACUCAGUGGGUGGCCUUUUGCUCUUUGACAUCACAAACCGCCGCUCCUUCCAGAACGUCCAUAACUGGCUGGAGGAGGCGCGAAGUCACGUCCAGCCGCAUAGCAUCGUCUUCCUGCUCGUUGGCCACAAGUGUGACCUGGAGGCCCAGCGUCAGGUGACCCUGCAUGAGGCGGAGAAGCUGGCAGGGGCCUAUGGGAUGCGUUAUGUGGAGACUUCGGCACGGGAUGCUAUUAAUGUGGAGAAGGCGUUUGUAGAUUUGACGAGGGAAAUCUUUGAGCUGGUCCGAAGUGGGGACAUCCAGAUCCAAGAUGGCUGGGAAGGAGUAAAAAGUGGAUUUGUUCCCAACAUGGUCCAUUCCUCCGAAGAAGUCACCAAAGGGAGCCGGCAGUGUUUCUGCUGAUGGCUGCAGCACCUGAGCUGGAAGGUGGUAUAAAUAAAACCUCACCAGACCGAAGUUUUCUGCUGCUGCUGCUUUCAGGCCAGAUUUUUGGGACUGUUACUCACUUUACUCCUACAUGUACGGCACUGUUUAACCAUCCGUUUUAAGCUACGCUCAGAUUCCCAACAGGUGUAGAAGCACAAGAAGCAUCCUGACCCCUCACCUUUCCGUCUGCAUGCAUCCGUGUGUCUGUAGCUUUUAGCAACACUGCAGCCACUUUUGGCCUUUUUCUCAAGUGAUAACUCCUGUGGCUGGUUAUGUCGAAGCCAGAGACUCAUACUGCCAGUCUGGUGUCCAUCUGUUCAUGUAUCCACAAGAAAUUAGUCUGGAUGGAAGACUGAGGCUCACCGCUAACCAUUAGAAGAAAACGUUGUUGCUGUCCAAUUGGACAGCUGUGCCAUGGAUAUGACUUGCUGUGUACAUGGAGACAACAGAAGCAAUGAAUCAAGCCAGUAGUUGGGAUUUUUCUAUUGGUUUGCCUCUAACUGCUGAAGGGAAUAGUUGGUCAGAAGGAAAAUCUUCUGUAGCUGCUCACUGACUGCCUUUAAGAACAGACCAUAGGAAGGUUAUUAACCGGACAAUUUUCUUACUUGUGUUUCAGAUUGGUCUAACGAUAAGAGUGUAUGCAUUUGUGUGGUAGUUUCAUGUUGUGCAUCUGUUCAGUUUAUAAAAUAUACCCUGCAAACCCCAUGGA